UUGAGCAGCAGACAUCACGCAGUCAGAACAGCCAGCAAGAGAAAAGGACGAAAAUAUGACAGAUAGAAGCAAGGAUAGAUUUGUUUAGAUGAAAAAUAGUUGAUUGAGUUUGCAAUUUUUUCUCAAAUUGCCAUUUGAUUUGAUUUCUGAAUUAGGACGGUGAAGUAUAUUCUUAUUAGCUAGUUGUACGGUGCAGUGUAAAAUAUAGGAAUAGCUAACAGUAUGGUUCAGUGAACAGCAUAGUUGUAGAACAAGUUUGAUUCAGUUUAUUGAGGAAUCUGAUUAAGGUACCGUACGAGGCCGUUUUCUGGAAACAACGGAACUAUAUAGGACUAUUUUCAAUAAUAUUUUUCCGGACACACUAACAGUAACCUUCCAUAGUAAAUAUAUCGAUAGAUAGAGUUUUGUUUAAAAACACAUGCGGACUAACUGGUCUCAGCCGUGUGUGUCUAAAUUUUAUUUAUCAGAAAUCUUGUUUAGCUUUCUCAGCUUGAAAGGUGUAAUCACCUAAACACGAUUUGCUAUAAGCAAGGGCAUGUAUCAUAAUUGAACGGUUUGUCGAGUUCGUGCGUGUGCAUAUUAUCAAUAGGUUCCCAAUGUAUUUAUUUUCGAAGAUGACAACUGAUUUUCAAAAUCAUAUUCUAAUGAACAGUCCUAAACUUGCGCAAACUUGAGCACAAUAUUCUUCAUGGUGUGUCAAUUUCUACGAUUUUUUGUUUCAAGCGCAAAUUUGCUUUUCUGCUUAGUAUCUUCUUAUAUUUUCAUUACUUCCGGGAAAUGGUCUUAUACGUGUCGUGUAAAUGCAAACGCCGAUAUUAAUCAAAUAUGUUGGAAAAUGGGAACAAUAGCUUCAGUGUUACAGUGGACGUGUUCCAGAUGCAAUUUAAUUAAUCCAAUCGAAAGUACACUUUGUUUCAAUUGCAAAAAACUACGAUAUCUUCACAGUGCUAACGAAAAGAAGUCAAAUUGUGAAGAUUUAGAAAACAAAACAAGCGCCGUGUUCAGAUCGCUACCUCUAACCAAACGAAUGUGGACCUGUACAAAGUGUACAUACGCGUACAACUCGAUGUUUUCCGAGCUAUGCAACAUUUGCCAGUCACCGAAAGGUAAUCCAAUCAUGGUCACAAAGUGUGAAAAAACUAGCUUUGAUGACUGCAAUGAGAACAAGUUACUUAUUCCCGAAAAUGAUGAAUUCAAUCACUCGUUGCUCGAAUCUAUCUCCUCCCAUGCGAGCGUCCCUUCUGGAGAACUGAACUUAGAUGAACAAUAUGGAGAUACCACAUCAAGAAACCACGAAAAUGAUGAACAGUGGACAUGUAGGAAAUGUACUUUGGUGAAUACAUCAACAACAGUGGCAUGUGCUGCUUGUGGCGGAUCGAAACUGCGUAGCGUUGCUGAAAAGGAAAAAGCAACACUUAGGAAGGGUCAAUUUUGGAUAUGUAGAGAAUGCACUUUGAGGAAUUUAUUGUCUGACAAUUCAUGCGCUGCCUGUAAAUCAUCGAAUAAGGACAAAAGUAUAGGUCUAAGUUCUUCACCCACGACAAAAAGAGGUACAGAUUUGGGAGCUAUACCGAAAAGACACAGUACUGGAAGUUUAACAAAUAAAAUUAGUCAGCAAGUGAAAACGGAUCUCACAAGCACACAAACUGAAAAGAUUUGGUAUUGUCCCACUUGUACAUUCGAAAAUUUAUCUGCUAGUGUAGUAUGCGACAUGUGCUCCAGUCAACGAUUAAUAAACAAAGGCACAACUACUCCUAACAAUUUUAAAAAUAAUAGAUGCGAGAGCAAGCUAAUGGAAAAUCUAAAACAAAUUGAAGAUUCUGAUUCGUUGACCACAUGGGUUAAUAUCAUACAAUACUGUAAAGAAAAUGGUGAAUUAUUCGUAGAUGAUUCAUUCCCACCUGCUACCAAGAGCCUAUAUUAUAAUCUGUCAUCAAAUACGGAGACGAAUCCAGUUGUGCAGUGGCGUCGACCUCACGAAAUAAGUUGUGAGCGAGGUAAUGCUCUACCUUGGACAGUUUUUAGAACACCACUUCCGUCGGACAUUUGUCAAGGAGUAUUAGGAAACUGCUGGCUACUAAGUGCAUUGGCUGUUCUUGCAGAAAGAGAGGACCUUGUACGAGAGGUGGUCGUAACUAAAAACAUAUGCCCGCAAGGUGCUUACCAAGUUCGGCUUUGUAAGGACGGAAAAUGGACCACUGUUUUAGUCGAUGAUCUAUUACCAUGUGAUAAAAAAGACCAGUUAGUGUAUUCACAAGCAAAAAGAAAGCAAUUGUGGGUACCUAUUAUAGAAAAGGCAGUAGCAAAACUUCACGGUUGCUACGAAGCAUUAGUGUCGGGAAGAGCAAUAGAGGGUUUGGCCACCCUCACAGGAGCGCCAUGUGAAAGUAUUCCCCUUCAACCAAGUUCAAUGCCAUUGCCAAGUGAAGAUGACGUCGACAGAGAUCUUAUAUGGGCACAAUUACUUAGCUCUAGACUGGUGAAGUUCUUAAUGGGUGCUAGUUGUGGUGGGGGGAAUAUGAAAGUGGACGAUGAGGAAUACCAAAGAAAAGGCCUUCGCCCUAGACAUGCUUAUUCUGUUUUAGAUGUGAGAGACAUCCAAGGACAUCGUUUGCUCAAGCUGCGUAAUCCAUGGGGACAUUACUCUUGGAAAGGAAAUUGGUCUGACAAUUCACUUUUAUGGACUGAUGAUUUGAGGGACAUCUUAAUGCCACACGGUGGUUCCGAAGGAGUUUUUUGGAUAUCGUUUGAAGAUGUUCUCAAAUAUUUUGACUGCAUUGAUAUCUGCAAAAUUCGAACUGGUUGGAACGAAGUUAGAUUGCUGGGUAGCUCGCAACCACUAUGUGCUCUAUCGUGUGUAAUUUUAACAGUAAUUGAACCAACUGAAGCAGAAUUCACUUUGUUUCAAGAAGGUCAACGAAAUUCCGAAAAAUCGCAGCGGUCCCAGUUAGAUCUCUGCGUAGUCGUGUUCAAGACGCAAAAUUCAGCGGAGCCGGAAGUAGGCAGACUAGUCGAACAUAGCAAACGUCAAGUGCGAGGAUUCGUUGGAUGUCAUAAAAUGCUAGAAAAAGACGUAUACUUGUUAGUAUGCUUAGCAUUUAAUCAUUGGCACACGGGUAUCGACGAUCCUUCAAUGUAUCCAACAUGUGUUUUAGCAAUUCACAGUUCUAAAAAAAUGAUUGUUCAACAGCUCAUUCCACCUGCGUACCUUCUAGCCGAUGCUAUAAUCAGCCUUACAUUAACGAAAGGCCAAAGGCAUGAAGGGCGGGAAGGCAUGACCGCAUAUUAUCUAACAAAAGGAUGGGCAGGUUUGGUUGUGAUGGUAGAAAAUAGACACGAGAAUAAAUGGAUUCAUGUUAAGUGUGAUUGCAAAGAAAGCUACAAUGUAGUUUCUACAAGAGGCGAAUUAAAAACAAUAGACUCAGUGCCACCGCUACAGCGACAGGUAAUAAUUGUAUUGACUCAACUAGAAGGCAGUGGAGGAUUCAGCAUUGCUCAUAGACUCACGCACAGACUAGCUAAUUCAAGUGGAUUGCAUGACUGGGGUCCACCGUCGGCUACAAAUUGUCCACCUAUUGAUAGUGUAUAUGAUCUUCAUUCACCACGUCUGAUCAAGUAAAUUACAUAAUAUGUAGUCAAUCAGUAUUUAAUUGCAUAUUAAUAAAUUUAUGAUAUUGUGUAUA